AUGGUCCACGCACUGGAUACCACAAGAGAACCCAGUCCUCCGAUAUGUCGAUUGGGUGUGGUCUCUGUUCCUUUACUUGCCCAAUUCCCGACUCACACUCUACUUGAGCCUGGUGGCCACGAAUCCGGUGACUACCGUUCGCUCAUUGCGUCAUUCAGUGUCCUGACGCCCCAUCCGAGAAUAUCAGACAUCAUUCACUCGACACACUCAGAUCAACAGAUCAACAGAUCAACAACCAGUAUCAUGGCAUUCAAGUUCGUAACCCUGUUCGCUCUGUUGGCGGCUGCCAACGCUGGAUUCAUCCCAGCUCACCAACCACUGGCCUACGCGGCGGCUCCAGUUCUGGCCAAGACCAUCAACGCUGAAGACGACCCUCAUCCUCAAUACAACUUCAACUACGACGUCCAGGAUGCGACGACCGGCGACUUCAAGAGCCAAUACGAGUCCCGCGACGGAGAUUCAGUCCAAGGCAGCUACAGCCUCCUCGAAUCUGACGGAACUCGCAGAACUGUCGACUACACCGCAGACGGUAUCAACGGAUUCAACGCCGUCGUCCGCAAAGAACCCGCUCAAGUUGCCGUGAAAGCCGUAGCACCAGCUGCCCUUGCUGUCAAAGCCGCUCCAGUCGCAUACGCUGCACCCGCUGCAUACGCCACCCACUACGCUGCACCCGCAGCCUACACCACCCACUACGCCACACCAGCAGUUGCUAAGCUCGCUGCACCAGUCGCCUACGCCGCUCCUGCUGCCAUCGCCACCCACCCCGUCGCCAAAGUCGCCGCAUACUCAGCACCUGCAGCCUACACUACUCACUACUCUCAACCCCUUGCCUACACCACCCACUACGCCAACCCAGCCAUCGCUAAAGUAGCUGCCCCAGUUUCUUACGCCGCCCCCGCUGCAUACGCCGCUCACUACGCUGCACCAGCUACAUACGCUACCCACUACGCCGCACCUGCAGCCUACGCCAAAGUUGCUGCUCCUCUGGCCUACCACGCACCAGCUGCCUACACCACGUACUCUGCCCCUGCUGCUCUCUACCACCACUAA